AUGGAUUUCACCGGGCAAUACAACUUUGCCAACUCUCAGCCCUACCACCAAUUUAUGCCAAUUCCUCCUCUGACACCGUCACACUCGCAUUCCGCCGGCUCCGAUGACUUCAAUGCGUCCCCGCCUGUCAAGGUGCAGCCCUGCCUUAGCGUUCUCUUACCUGAGCAUUACUCUAUCAACGUCGAGCCUCACAAGCACAACGUUUUCGGCUUCUUCAACGUCGAGACAUACGACGCCUUGCCUACCAGCGCAACCGACCAGUUCCAGACUUUCGAUUAUGCUUCCGCCCAAGGCUUCAAUACCAACCCUCAUCAGCCGACCUCUGGGUUUCCCGGCCCCCCGACACCUCCUGGCCAGAAUGUCUUUGCUUCGCAAGCUCAUCAGCAGCAAGGAGGCUCAAUGAGGAAUGGCUCUCCUGACGAGCAGUCCAUACUUCGUGGCGGCGGUGGAAGUGAGGAGGAUGAGAAUUUGACUCCUGCUCAGUCCCGGAGAAAGGCACAGAACCGCGCCGCACAACGUGCCUUCCGUGAGAGGAAAGAGAAGCACGUCAAAGACUUAGAGGCGAAGCUUGCAGGCCUUGAGGCUGCACAGCAGCAAUCUUCCGUCGAAAACGAACGCUUGAAACGGGAUCUCCAGAAAAUGUCCACCGAGAAUGAAAUAUUGCGGGCCACGUCGCGUAUGAGCCAUGGUUCGAUUUCUCCAGAACCUGCAACCGGACCUCUUCGUUUCAAACCUACCGACUUUUAUUCAAAUGUCUUACAGAAUCAUACGAACAAGUCUCCCUCUCACCGCAUUGUUACUUCAGAUGAGGGCGAACGUCUUCUCGCUGCAGGGGCAACCUGGGACUUUAUCAUUUCUCACGAACUGUUCAAGAAAGGCUUGGUUGACAUAGCCGACGUAAGUGAGCGCCUCAAGAACUGUGCUCGAUGCGAUGGCCAAGGUCCUGUUUUCUCAGAACGUUCUAUUACCACUGCUAUCGAACAAAGUGUCGCUAGCGGCACGGAUGAUCUUCUUUGA